AUGAUAAAAAAAGAAGUACUUGAUACUAUUGGGGGAGGUUCGUAUGGUGAGUGCACAUAUGAUGAGAUUGCAGAGAAGUCGGAGAAGAUUUCCCAAAACAAUAAAUCUUUGAGUACUAGAAUGCAAGACACUAGGAGAAACACAAUAGUAGUGCAAGCUACACACAAGCCUGUUGCAGAUGAGAUUUAUGAGGAAAUGGAUCAAAUGAGAAUUGAUCUUGGGUUGGCAUUGAAACAUGGCACUAGAGGUGCAAAGAAGUCAACUACUGUGAACACACCCAACCCAGACAUUUUGCCUAACAAUACCAUCCAGAAUCCUAAAAGUGAUGGAUAUUGCAUGGCAGUCACUACUGGAGAAGGUAAGCAAACUUUUUCUCUACCUAUGUCAUAUCUGGUAGAAGAUGACAUGAUAACACACAAAGAGGUGGUGGAAACUAAAGGAGAAGUGGAGGGAAAAACGGCGAAUGAAUUAGAGAUAGAAGCUCUCGAACAAAUGCUCGGUUAUGCUAUUAAUGAAAAAUAUGGUUAUAAAGAACAAAUCGGUACAAGCAUAAACCUCAUGCCUUUGUCUAUUUAUAUGAAAUUGGGUUUGGGUGACCAAAAGCCUGCUGCAUUGCGGUUACUAAUGGCCGAUCGAAUAGUGAAGAAUACCAUUGGGUUACUCCAUUAUAUGCUUGUGAAAGUGAAGACAUUUAUAUUUCCAACGUAUUCUAUGAUUCUUGACUGUGAGGUGGACUUUCAGGUUCCUAUUAUUCUUGGGAGGCCAUUCAUUGCCACUUGUCGUGCCUUUGUUGAUAUGGAGAAAGGAUAG